UUCUCUGGUAGUGUCGGGCUGAGCAGCAUGGUGCACUAGAGGCAAUCUGUGCACUCGCUCAGUAGUGGGUUGCGUAUGUUCGUGGUGUGUGUGUGUGUGUGUGUGGUGCGUGUGUGCGCGCGCGUCUUUGCGCCUAAGAUACGUGUCUGAAACCAAGGCAUGCACACUGAAAUGCCACUCGCCGCCACCCUCAAGAAUCAGAUGCUGCGCUUGUUCCGCCGCAGCGGCAGUAAAAGAUCAUCGUCCUCACGCAACGCAGCACUUUCGACUACGGUAGUGAUAUCAAAUAACGCUGUUUCGGCUGUGGGAGGCAGCAGAGCGAGCAAAAGGCAGCGUAACAACCACCACCACCACAAUCAGCCAGAGCAGCAACACCAACAGCAGCAUCAUAGGAUCCGCGCCAGCAGCAUGCGAGCAGAACAUCACCACCAUGCCGCACUGCAAGCUCGCAGCCGCCCGCGAUCUUCGUCUGCUCAUCAUCCACAUCAUCAGCAUCAGACGGGUGAGAGUGCGUCAUCAGCGAGUCGUGUAUCAUCGCGCAGCCGUACAGCCGAUGAGCCACAUAUUGGAAAGUACAAGUUGCUCAAGACCAUUGGAAAAGGAAAUUUUGCCAAGGUCAAAUUGGCCAAGCAUGUGCCCACUGGAAAAGAGGUAGCCAUAAAAAUAAUUGAUAAAACACAGCUGAACCCUGGAAGCCUGCAAAAGUUAUUCAGAGAGGUUAGGAUAAUGAAAAUGCUAGACCAUCCAAACAUAGUAAAAUUGUUUCAAGUGAUUGAAACCGAAAAGACUCUGUACUUAGUGAUGGAAUAUGCAAGUGGAGGGGAAGUUUUUGACUAUUUGGUCCUGCAUGGUAGGAUGAAAGAAAAAGAAGCCAGAGCCAAAUUUAGACAGAUUGUUUCUGCUGUGCAGUAUUGUCAUCAGAAGAAAAUCAUCCACAGGGAUUUGAAGGCUGAGAAUUUGUUGCUGGAUAGCGAAAUGAACAUUAAAAUAGCUGAUUUUGGAUUCAGCAAUGAAUUCACACCUGGGAACAAAUUGGACACUUUCUGUGGCAGCCCACCAUAUGCUGCACCAGAACUUUUCCAGGGAAAGAAGUAUGAUGGACCAGAAGUUGAUGUGUGGUCUCUGGGUGUGAUAUUAUAUACAUUAGUGAGUGGAUCACUGCCAUUUGAUGGCUCUACGUUGAGGGAACUUAGGGAAAGGGUGCUGCGGGGAAAAUACAGGAUACCUUUCUACAUGUCAACAGACUGUGAAAAUUUACUCAAGAAAUUCCUGGUACUAAAUCCUGCUAAAAGGGCAUCAUUGGAAAACAUAAUGAAAGACAAGUGGAUGAAUAUGGGUUAUGAAGACGAUGAGCUUAAGCCAUAUGUCGAACCUGAGCCAGACUUCAAGGAUCUGAAAAGGAUAGAAGCCUUAGUUAGCAUGGGCUACACCAGAACUGAAAUUGAAGAGAGUUUAGCAAAUGCAAAAUAUGAUGAUGUUUUUGCAACGUAUCUUCUCCUUGGAAGGAAGUCAUCAGAUCCUGAAAGUGAUGGUUCGAGAUCUGGAAGUUCUUUGUCACUUCGUAAUAUUCCACCAGCUGUGACCCAGGGUAAUGCACAGUCACCUUCUCAUGGGCACCGUGGUGUACAUCGAUCAAGUUCAGCAACGAAUGCCAAACCUAGCCGGAGAGCGUCCUCUGGUGGUGAAACUUUGCGUGAGUCACCAGCUACUGCUGCUGGGGGGGCUCCAACUGGCACACCUAAUGUGAGCAACCAUAAUCAUGCACCAACGAGUAAUUUCAAGCGUCAAAAUACUGUAGACUCUGCAACAAUAAAGGAGAAUACAGCGCGAAUAAAUUCAGCAAGUGCAGCAACGCGCCCAGCCCCUCCAAAAAAUACGGCGGCCAUUCCAGUAUUAGAUUCAAGUGCAACAAGUGGAGCAAGCCCAGGGAAACCUCGAAGUGUCACAAAAUCUAAUACUAUGUCUGGUAAUCGUGCGCUUACUCCUGGUGGUUCUGUGGGCCGGAGAACAACGUUAAGUUAUGAAGCAAAGGCUGCUUCCAAUGAAAAGACAAAUGCUACCAUUGAGAGUCCCAGCACGUUGGGGGCAGGAGACAGCUUGCCGGUAGCUGUUCGAUCGGCCAAGGGCCAUAUCAAGUCUGCGUCCAUCUCAACAUCUGGCAGGGCCGAACAUGCGACCUUAGAAACCCCUAUAGAUCCUCUCAGGCAAAGCACGGGAGUGAGUAGUGGAGCAGGCACGGGUGCUGGUGGAGGAGGAGUGACCAUGGUAACAACUGGUGGUGGUCGUGGACCACCAGUUUCUCCGGCUGUAAGCAACAGACAGCCGUUCCCUCGCAAUGUCCCAAGUCGCUCAACGUUCCACAGUGGACAGAAUCGUCGUAACCAUACGGCUGCUGCGUAUGGGCUAGCCACUCCUCUCCAAACGCAAGACACGUCUGCAAUUACCCAUUCGGGCAGGACAUCAUCAUUCUUUUCUAAAUUAUCCUCCAGAUUUUCUAAGCGGACCUAAAAUUAAGAGGGGAGUUGGCGUCACAGAAGCAGUGAACCUUGCUGAGAAAAACUGAUGCAUAUGCGUGGCUCUUGGAGUCACAUUACGCAUCCUCAGAGCUCUGCAUUUGAUUUGGUACAGAUCAUUCAGUAUGUGAGGCUCACAUGUGGGGUGCUAUCAAGCUUUAGGUCUUUAUGAGACCAAAGACCGGACUGUAGACAGCUAUUUGCUUCACAUGUAUUUUGAACAGGAAUUGUUACUAUCCAAUAAAUUAUUAAUUUAACUUUCGCAUGAAAUCUGCAACAUUUUUUUAUUGUUGCAGGUAUAGUUUAUUUUGAUAGAUAAUCAAUUUUAUGAUUAUCUAAUUGUAUUGUAAAUAGAAGUACACAGGAAAUAGGUCUAGUCUACCUUAAAUAUUACUGUAAUUUCUUAUUCCAUUUGAGAGACUGUUUUGUAAAGGGUAGCUGUAAACUAGUGUGUGCCAUAUUAUAACACAAGAAGUCAAUCAGAAAUUUACUCCAAACAUGAGCAAUAUUAUUGCCUUAAAGUAUUCAUACUUACCUCAGCUGCACAAUUACAUUAAUGUGUUAAUGUACUUGGUGUACGUGAUUCUGGGUUUCAUAUAUUAGUUAUCCACACACAACUGUUAGUGCAAGACUUAAUGCAGUUCCAGGGUUGAAACGUUGCUUCAGAAGACUGUUUAUAUGACUCUUCAGCUGCAUGCCUAUAUAAAUAAAUAUGCAUUUCAUUUGGGGGAACAAAUACUUACGAAUGAAUGUUACCCUAUGCUGUCUACCAAGCAACUUAGAUUCGCAAUUAUAAUCUAAACAUGCUGCCUUUUAUUUUGUUUAGUUCCUUUAAGUUUUUACAUAGGUAUAGAAAUUGAGUGAAUGGCUCAACUUAGUCAGCUUCUUAAAUUCCCAGGUUUUCUGUUGUUUACGCAGUUUUGUAUUGAGUGACUAAUCACAGUGUAUUUAUGUAAACAUAGAUGCCUAUUGAGCCCUAUACAUCUCACAAUAUUUCAUAUGUAGCAUUCUUUCUUCAGUAACUACAAUACAGUGUCAGGGUAACAGUUUAUUUUCGUCCUUUAUGCGUGUGCUAAAUAAUGCUGUUUAGUAGUAACUAAAUCAGUAUUGUCAGUGCAUUUAAACAAAAGACAUGACCAGCAUUAUGCAAUCAUAAUCUGUAUCUCUUGAAAAUAUUAUUGUUAAUACUCAGAACAAUAGUCCAUAAACAUUUUCAGGUUUAAAACCACAAAGUCGAUAUUUAUUUCAAAUGAUAUUAAGAAUCCAGGACGUGGUGCCUGGCUUAAUCUUGCCAUUACUGCAGUUUGAUCAUAUUUGACAAUUUUUCAAAAUUCACAGUGUCUUUUUACUGCAAAACAUUCCUUUAAUAGUUGUGCAUGCUGAGUUAGUAAUGAGUACUUAAGCAGUGCCUUUAGAAAAUUUGUCAACUCUUGUAUUUGCAGUAAUUUCAUUUCAGUAGCAAUUUUUGAUGCAGGCUUCUUCUCAGAUGCCUUAGUUAAAUAUGACUCUUUUUGUAAAUUACUACUAAAUCUUGAAUUGUUACCAGUAACACAUGGUACAUUGUUAACAAUAAUUCUCACUUUUUUAUAUUAAAUUCAGUGUUCUGUUUUCUGUUAGUUGCGCUUUCUAGAUAUGGAAAGUGUUUUAUGUAAAGGACAACUUUUCUACAAAUAAAUAGACAUUGUUAAUGCUGGUAACAGUACUUCAUAUUAAAGUGAAAAAAGUGCUUGUGCAUUGCAUUUACUUGCUUACUGAAUGAAUUUUCUUAAAGAUCUUUUAUGUAUACUACACAUAAUUUUGGUUUCAGCUCAAACUGUUGAUAAGCUCUUAAAUUGUAUGUUAUAAAAUUAAAUCGCAUCACACAGAAGAAUAUAUUAUUUGAGGUACUCAU